AUGCCAGAAGUAAAGAGGGAUAAUGGGGUGAUAUAUAGGAAGAAUCUGGAUCAGCUACACCGGUUUGUGAGUUGGUUUGCACGCACGCUACACUUAUCUCACGAGCAGGUCUUGAUACUACUCCUGAACUUUGUGAUCUUGAUUCUGGGACAUCUGACUUAUCUUGGUACCAUUCCGUUCAGGAAUUCAAUAUCGGACAAUUAUUUCACACAGAAGAGGAACUUGGUGAAUACCCUAUUCGUGAAAAAGGGCUGGGGCUGGACGAUAGUAGUAUAUGUGCUGACUUUUCUCCACAACAGCAAGAGACAGCGGAAAGACUUGAGGCAGAGUCUGGUGAGAGUCUCGCUUGUCACUGCCUCAUGGUAUCUUGUAACGCAAUGGUUCUUUGGGAUGUCUAUCAUUGAUCGGAUUUUCACGCUAAGUGGGGGACAAUGUGUGGUGGAGGAGGUCUCCACCCUUGUAUCGUCAUCUAUGCAUUGCAGAAGAAUAAAGGGAGAAUGGACUGGUGGAUUCGAUCCAAGUGGUCAUGUAUUUCUUUUGAACACGUCUAUGUGUCUACUGCUGUUUGAGAUCAUAUAUAGUGGGGAAUUAACCAGAUGGGAUUGGCCCACAGUCGCCCUGUGCGGAUUGUGGGAAUGGAUGUUCUAUAUGACGUGCAUACACUUUCACAAUCUAGUGGAAAAGUUGUUUGGAUACGCGUUGAGUGUUGGGAGUAUUUCAAUUGUAUAUGGGUUAGUAACGUGA